AUGUCAUCCGAACCUCCAAUGAAACGUCCUCGAACCAUCACUAGCGAGUUGUCGUUCGCGCUCGAGCCGAUAGCGAGGUGGCGAGGCAAGCCGGCUCCGAUGCGACAACCGAAGGAGAUCGCGUCGUUUAGCUACGAUGACAAAAGAGUACAGCAUCACGAUGAUAGUGGACUGAAGUAUUACUGGCCUCCUGCGCUGGGACAACACCUGGGGAAUGGGUUCAAGGAGCUCGUGAAGCAUGACGACUCAGUCGACGAACAUCUGGAUUCACUUCUGGCCGCCUUGAUCCACCAUGAGACGACACCGCCAGUACCUGUCUCAAUCGAGGAGGAUAAUACAGCUGCUGAACCACCAAAGGUCCUGCCAGCCAUCGAUUUUGUUACCUGGAGAGGCAUGGCGACCAAACUCCUUUGCACACCCUUCUCCAGUGACCCCUGGUCCAUGAACGCAGUCCGCCUCAACGAUACAAUCUACAUCGAAGAGCACAAACAACCCCCGCGGCCUAUGGAUGAACGUGGCGAACUCUUCUCAUACAUGGGCUACAAAUUUGAGGCAUUGAGUACCCUGCGACGACCAUUUGGUGAAGUGGAGAGAAAGGAGAUCGAGGAGAGGGAUAAAGAGGUUGUUAACAAUAUCGAGCAGUAUUGUUCGAUUGUGAAGACCAGCAUUGGAGGUUCGAGGCUGGUGUUGGGUGGGGAGGUUGAUUGCGUGUAUGACUACAAACCGGAGGAUGGGGAGAAUCCUUCGUCGCAUUAUUGCGAGCUGAAGACAAACAAGCUGAUCAACACAGACCGUGACCGGACCUCGUUCGAGCGCUACAAGUUGCUCAAGUUCUGGGCUCAGUCCUUCUUGCUAGGCGUACCAAAGGUAAUCGUUGGCUACCGCACCAACGACGGGAUCCUCGCCCACAUCGAAGAACUCGACACCCAGAAAAUCCCCUCAAUGGUCAAGAAAAACAAUCCACAAGGUCCACCGUGGGAUGCCAGUGCAGCGAUCAAUUUCAUGGCAGGAUUACUGGAGUGGUUGAAGACCGCAAUUCCAGAAGGAGAAGGUAUGUGGCGGAUGGAGUAUGCGGGGACGGGGAAGAGGGUGGUUGAGGUUAAGAGGGUCGAGUUGGGCGGGUAUGGGUUUUUGACGGAGGAGUUUGUGGAGCAUGUCAUGACAAAACACGCAAAUGCGCAGGAGGAACCUAAACCAUGA